UAGGAGCUCGCGCCUGGUUUCACUGCGUCGUCUGCUCUCGUCCCAUUGGCGCAGGUGAUCCGUCUCAGGAUGCGAGAGGAGAGCGGAGGAGAGGGGAAGAGAGUGGGGAAAGCGCCGAUGGGAAAGUGUCCAGGGCUCGGUUAAUAAGAAAACAGGAUACCGGCCCGCUUCAGUUCGUCCUGGGACACUCGGCGAUGAGAGACUAACCGAAAGGGGCACUUUGAGAUAUGAUGAGGUUUAUUUCUGGCCGGCAAUAGUACUAUGAUUUGGUAUGUGGCCACUUUGAUAGCAAGUGUAUUCAGCACCCGAGGAACGGCCGCUCAAGGUGCCCACGGAGUGCGAGAGGAGCCCCAGUUUGUGACGGCCCGCGCGGGAGAGAACGUCAUCCUGGGAUGCGACGUGUCCCACCCCCUGAACGGCCAGCCCUAUGUGGUGGAGUGGUUCAAGUAUGGAAUGCCCAUCCCCUUCUUCAUCAACUUUCGCUUCUACCCUCCUCACGUGGACCCGGAGUACGCCGGCCGGGCCAGUCUGCACGGCAAGUCCUCCCUGCGGAUAGAGAACGUGCGCUCCGACGACCAGGGCUGGUAUGAGUGUAAGGUGCUGAUGCUGGAGCAGCAGUAUGACACCUUCCACAACGGCAGCUGGGUGCAUCUCACCGUCAACGCUCCCCCCACGUUCACGGAUACACCACCUCAGUAUGUAGAGGCCAAGGAGGGGGGCAGCAUCACUUUGACCUGCACGGCCUUCGGCAACCCCAAGCCCUCGGUCAGCUGGCUGCGGGAAGGCAGCCUCGUGGUCAGCAGUGCCAAGUAUAAGGUGUCUGAUGGGAGUUUGACGGUGCUAUCCAUCAGCAGGGAGGACCGUGGGGCCUACACGUGUCGAGCCUUCAGCCCCCAGGGAGAGGUCAUUCACACCACACGGCUGCUAGUACAAGGCCCUCCGUUCAUUGUGUCGCCACCAGAGAACAUCACAGUGAACAUCUCGCAGGACGCCUUCUUCACCUGCCAGGCGGAGGCCUACCCCCGCAACCUGACCUACACCUGGUUCUGGGAGGAGGACAACGUCUUCUUCAAGAAUGACCUAAAGCGCAGAGUCAGUAUUCUCAUUGACGGUUCCCUCAUCAUUGCCCAAGUCAAGCCGGAGGAUGCUGGGAAAUACACCUGUGCUCCCAGCAACAGCCUGGGCCAGCCACCCACUGCCUCUGCCUACCUGACAGUGCAAUAUCCUGCCCGUGUGGUAAACAUGCCAUCCGUCAUCUACGUGGCCAUCGGUCUGCCCGGCUUCAUCCGCUGUCCCGUAGAUGCCAACCCCCCCGUAACUCUGGUUAAGUGGAAGAAAGAUGGCCUCCCUCUCCGGGUCGAUAAGUACCCUGGUUGGAGCCAAAUGGAGGAUGGGAGCAUCCGGGUGGCGGAGGUGACGGAGGACUCUCUCGGCACCUAUACCUGCAUGCCUUACAACGCCCUGGGUUCCAUGGGAUGGUCCCCUCCCGCUCCCCUGGUGCUAAAGGACCCUCCCAAAUUCUCAGUGGUUCCUGGAGGGGAGUACAGGCAGGAGGCUGGGAGAGAACUGGUCAUCCCCUGUGAGGCGGAUGGAGACCCCUUCCCCAACAUCACAUGGAGGAAGGUAGGGAAGCCCAGCAAAAGCAAGCACAAUGUUCUGCCCCGAGGCAGCUUACAGUUCAAGUCACUUACAAAGGAGGACCACGGGGAAUGGGAGUGUGUCGCCACCAACGUUGCCACGAGCAUCACUGCCAGCACGCACGUCCAAGUCAUAGGCACAAGCCCCCACGCCCCCACCAGCAUCCACGUGGCGGCAUCCUCCACCUGGGCCAAUGUGUCCUGGGAGGUGGGCUACGACGGAGGCUUCCAGCAGACAUUCUCAGUCUGGUAUGGCCAUGUGCUGAAGAGGGAGCGUUUAGGUCCACACGACUGGCUUUCCAAUCCCGUGCCUGGAGGCCAUGACUGGAUGGUGGUGCCCGGCUUGGAGCCAGAGACAACAUACCAGUUCAGCAUCCUGGCCCAAAACAAGCUUGGCACAGGCCCUUUCAGCGAGGUUGUCACUGUGAACACACUAGUAUUUCCUUUAAGUACCCCUGAACCAUUGGUGCUGCUUACCCCACCACGGUGCCUCACAGCCAAUCGCACGCAGCAGGGAGUCCUGCUCUCCUGGAUCCCGCCUGCCAAUCAUACUGCACCGAUCCAGCAUUACGUCAUGGAGUUCCGCCUGGGGGAGCGAUGGGAGGUCUUGGACGACAGCAUUCCUGCCGGGGAGACGGACUUGCUUGCCCGAGACCUGAUCCAGGAGGCGUGGUACGAGUUCCGCGUCACGGCCGUGAUGGACGACACCAUCAGCGAGCCCAGCAACGUCGUAGGAGUGUCCAGCACAGACUUCUUCCCCCCUCCGGAGAUGGUGGAGGAGCGUGGCCUGGCGCGGCCUGUGGUGGCCGGCAUCGUGGCCACCAUCUGUUUCCUGGCAGCAGCCGUCCUGUUCAGUACGAUGGCGGCCUGCUUCGUCAACAAGCAGCGCAGGCGGAAGCUUAAGAGGAAAAGAGACCCCCCUCUCUCCAUAACCCACUGCAGGAAAAGCAUGGGAACACCGUCAUCGUCAGGAAAGGUGAGCCCAGAGAGCAUUCGUUCAAAGGCAUCCCUGUCAGAAUCAUCUGAAGAUAGUCAUGACCAGCGUGGGAUGAAACCACCCCCAAGCCCGGGGAAGAGGGAGGAAUUGUCUUUAUACAAAAAGACCAAAAGAGCAAUAACGAGCAAGAAAUAUGGCAUCUCAAAGCAUGAAGCUGAAGCAACAACACCAAUUGAACUCAUCUGCCGAGGCCCAGAUGGACGCUUUGUCAUAGAUCCCACUGACCCAGAAAUGUCUGUUAAGCCUCUGCGAAUUGAGGGAUUCCCCUUUGUGGAAGAAUCAGACCUCUAUCCGGAAUUCCGUCAGUCAGACGAAGAGAAUGACGAUCCCAGGCCUCUUCCCCCAGUUAUGGCACCACUCCGGCAUCACCAGAUUUCUCCAAUCUCCAGUCAGGAAUCCUACCUGCAACCUCCAGCCUACAGCCCUCGUUUCCAGAGGCCCUUCGAAGGUAUGACCAUCAUGGAGAGCAGUCGGCUCCAGGCCACUGGGCAGAUUCGAGGUUCUCUCCACCACAGAGCUUUCUACGGCUACCUAGGCCCCCCUGGGAAUCAUGAACCUCCACCUCCUUUUUACAUGCCUGAUAAUAGCCCUCUCAGCUCAGUCAUGUCCUCCCCUCCAUACCUUGCUGAAGGUCCUUUUGGUCAUCCCAUGAUUCCUGAAGAAAUGGGGGAGGGUGAUUUCCCACAAUAUGCUGUCCCUGGUUUCCCACUUCCUCUGACACUCACCUCUUCCUCUCGUUCCCCGGAGAUUUGGCAGGGACUGGAUUUCACCUUUGCAAGUUUGGAGGGGCCCCAGUUCAUUUUUCCGCCCCAUCAUCCUUUGCAUCUCCGCCACGACUCACCCUAUCCUCCUCCACCUCAUGUUCUUCCCCUGAGUGCUUUCCAGCCCUCCUCCCUUCCAAUGCCUACUUACCCAGGUGUCCUGCCCCUGCAGGCCCCAAAGAGCCGCUCAAGCAAGUCUCCCAGCAGGGCCAGGCCUCGUGGCUCCCCAGCCAAGCAUUUUGCUAUGCAAGAGGCACAUUUAGGGCCGCUAAGACACACAAGCCAUGGUAUGGGUGUGCCGGUUUUGCCUUACACCGAUCCAAUGGCCCAUAUUGUCCCUAGCUCAUUCAGUAGUUUGGACACACGAUGGUUUGAAACCACCCCUCGUUUCAGUCCCCGACAGGCUCGUAGGAUGGAUUCUGGCAUGCAUCAGGUGGUUCUCCAGCCCUCCCGACUCUCACCCCUCACCCAAAGCCCCCUCAGUUCUCACGAGUGCUCCCCAGAGAUUGUAGUACGUCCCAGGCCACGUCCCGGCAUUGUCCAACCUCACAUACCCCCAGAGAUGUCUGAGAUUACCCUCCUCCCUCCUUCCACAGCCAGCUUCUCCAGGAGAUCUAGUCCCUCCUCCUCACCUGCCCAAGGCCAGGGUAGCAGGAGAGCAAGUCCCAGCUACCGUUCCCAAAUGGCCUUUGCCACCUCUGCAACCAGCUACCCAGCUUCCCAGUCCCCGUCACCCCCCAUGGAAAGCAGCAACAUAUUUGGGCAGAUGCCAUCUCAGAGGAGGACUGAAGAGGGGAUCCUUCCAUCUGAGCCCUCUCCACACCAGUUGUCAGCUUCAGGAAAACGUCGAGGUGCACCGAGUGCCCUUUCGGGGUCUGAGAGGAUUGAUGCACUGAGAUACCAACGUAUUAAAAAGGCCAAGAAGAUGAUGAUGAACAACAAUAACUCCAAGUCCAGACAGAAAGCAGGUGUCACCACCUCUCAGACCCACCAGGCCUACUACACCUCUCAGUUACUGCAGCCCGAAGAAGCUCUCUACCUCCGCAAGAAGAAGCGGCCCAUCCUCCACGACCCAUACACUCGCUUUUCGGCUCUGCUGUACCGCCGCCCACCCCGGGAGGACCAGAAGGCUAUUCUGGCCAGCAUGGACAACAUUGACCUGGACCACGCCACUCUCCUCUGAAAGCCCUUGAGGACAAGGUCACAAUCAUGCAAUAUGCCCUCAUUCCAAAAAUAACACUAGCAACAUACCGGAUGGUUAAAACAAACAACAUGUUUGCAAUGUAUUGUCUAUAAACGGGGGAGAGCACUACAUUUCAGCCUUCAGAUUUGGAACAUUCGAUAGCUGUACGGGCCUUGGUCAGUUCAAUCCGCACUAGUAAGCUUUCUGCCAUGUUCCAUCUGUGAGGGCAGCAAAUCACGAAACUGAUUAAUGCUUUUGUCUGAAAUGCUGCUUCCAACUUACUGAUAAUGACACAGCAGACACAGCUCUGAAAAAAGUUCUGAUAAUUUGUACUAAUUCCCAAAUGCACAAAGAUCUGUGUGUGCUAAAAUCCAGUAGCAUUCUCUAUUAAAAAAAUGUUUAGGCUAGACAAUUCAAAUCAAAAUGACAGCUGCCGCAAUUUUCCCAAGUUUUACUCCAGUGCAAAAUAUGAAUUCAAAAAGAGGCUUUCCAAACCGAACCAGUUUUCCCUCGCCAGUGUUACCGUUUUUAUUUUAAGAGGCUUCUCCAUAUUCCGAUGAUGUUUCUUUUGCUGAGCCAAUCCCCCUCGCCCCCUAAAACUAAAAUAUCCCUGCGGGUCUCCGUUUACAGCACCUUCCACCGGAUUCUCUCCGCCAGCAACGUCUCCGAUCUGCUGAGAAACUCGCCUCCCAAACGUGGACGUUCUCACUUCCUACCAAGUAUACCUCAGAGCACAGGACACGAGACCACACGGCCACCAGGAUAAGCCGGCAGGACACACUAGCCUUUUACCACCUCCUUAGUCGUCUUUGCUUUCCACUUGCUUCCCUUAUACUGGCAUGUUCAAGUUUUCUUCUCUCGUAUGUACUUCUUUCUUUUUUUAGCUUACACAAUGAUAAUUCCGUCGCACUCUAAAAAAAUAAAAUUGCUUUCCUCGGCCUACUGAAGGCAUUUCCCUCCAUGUCAUUUCCUAUCGAAUAGAUGUCAUAUACACAGGGGCUGACCUCAAAUUUGCAUUUCACACACUUAUGACGAACCACUAACGCGGCGGUUCACUUACUCACGUUACUUUAUAAAAGGUCAUCCAAUUGCUCCAAUCAGCUGCUCCGUCUUCAGCCUCUCAUACCUCAUAUCACGGUUUGCACUGGAGCAAAAAUAUUCUCUAUUUUACUUCUACGUGUGUGUCUGCUUCUUUACAUUGCCAGUUAUUCUACUUUAGGUAGUGUAGAGGGUUCAGAAAGAACUAUAGUUAUGCCAAAAACUAUUCAAAAUAUAUAUAUAAAAAAAUAACGAUAGUGGAGGGUAAGAUUGUGUGCCAUAGUAUAUUAUAGUAUUUUCUUCAUACAUAUUAGAGGGCAAAAUAAUGGCUUCAUUUGGCCUUAAUGGAGCUUCUGGUUGGUUGCCUGCUUCACUUGUGUCUAUUUUUUUUUACUACUUAUAUGUAUUUUUUGUUAUUUUAUUUGUUUGUGCGUGCUUAUGUAAGUACCCGCCUCUUUGUAUUUUGUCUCUAUGUGCUUGGAAAGGGAAAUGCUGAGAGGGGAGUCCUCCCUGAAGAACUUGGUUUGUGGCUUUGAGGGAAACAAAGUGAGCCAAAGAUUUGGUGUACGCAGUUUUGUUUACAUGUUGCCCAGUUUUACUUUGAAAGACUCAAUUCAAUUUGUCUAACUGACAUGGAAACGUGGUCGCUAAGGGGUACUUUUUUUGGGGAUGAGUACAGGAAGUGCCAUAACAUCAGAAACGCUACUAUAUCACCCACUGCACAUGCUGCAGCUCCGUCAUAUUGUAGAUUCGGGUGUGUACUGUAACAGUUUUUUCCAGUUUUGCUCAAAAGGUGCUCAAAUUCUUCAGAAGUUGUAUUCAUUUAUAGACCUUACUGUAACAUAUCUUGGGUUCCUGAUACGAACAGAAAGCAGUGUCCAUGUUCUUCUUAAGUGUGUCUGGAGUGGCAUUGCUCAUAGGUUAAUGGGUUUAAUGCAUUUUUUUGUUGAUUUUUUACUUUUUUUUUUAUUGUGAUUUUGAGCAGAUUCUUGCAAAUCCAACAUAGUCUUCUACAAUCCACCCAAUUCUCAGUGACUGAACUCGGUUGCUUGAUUAAAAGUUAUUUCCACAAUGAAUGCUGGCAAAAUGAGCGGUGUCAAGAUAUUAAAAAAACCCUCUUCUCAUAUUUGAUAUUUCGAAUGCAGGAGAAGUGAAGAAGAGAUGUCAUGGUAUCUAUUUACAUAAAACGAUCACACAUUAAUAGCACUGACUCACAACCAUAUCCAGCCCACUGGAAUCGGGUUGAUGAAGUCAUCUUACACACGCAUUGGGUGUGUUGUUAGUUUAAAAAGCAGCCGUUUUAGUAAAUAAGCUAGUGCCUUGAAGAUGGAUUUAUGAAUUGCUGCAAUUGUUGGAGCAUCUGGUAGCUAACGGUAAAUAAUGGGUCUAUGAUGCACUUAUUGUGGAAAUAACCUUUAUGUGAGAUAUGAGGAGGAGAGGGCCAUUGUUUCCUGUUCUGAUGUGUGUCCUCUUGGCACAGCUCUGAAUGAAUGAAGUCACCCUGUUUGUUCUCGUUAAACCACCUGUGACACGUUACAGGGGACAGAGGACGUUACAUGUAACACUGUGUAUGAAAAGACAUGGUAACACAUGGCCAGCAAUGAACAAGGAAUAAUUACUAGAAUUACUUUAUUUACGUUGCUUAGAAGUUAGCAACAUAUCGGUGACUUCCCCCAAUACUAGCAGAACAUUGCUAACAAAUGAUCUCAAAGCAAUCUCUCUUUUCUACCAAUGAUAGAAGGUUUUCAGAGUGGAAUCGUAAUUAUUCAAUGUCCUCAAACUUCCUUUAAAAGAGUUUAAAUCAAGAAUUUAUAACAAAAACAACUGUAUUAACAUUAAGGACAGUACCAACAUAUUGUCCCAAUAUACAUACCAAUACUAUUGUUUUUUUCUGUUGAGGAAUUUUCUGAAUGAAUGAAUUGCAUAUUGUAUCUGAAACGCUCACUGGUGCACGUAACACUGAACAGGACUGUUCCAUGUUGUAAUUACCCCACAUUUACAACCAAAACAGGACAGAUGUGGGGAAAGACCUAAAUAUACAUAAGAUUAACUAUUGAAAUGUGUAGAUACAAUUAGUCUAUAUAUUGUAAAAUGUAAAAAAAAAAAAGAAAAAAGAAAUGGAAUAUUUUAUUAAAAUUGGGCAAUAAUAUGCAUGCAGUAACAGAAAUCAAUCUGAAAGAUAUACCCAUUUAUUUGAUUCGAAUAUGAAUAUGAAUGAGUUAUGUAGUUGGACCUCUGAGCACAGUGAGGCCCAGGUCAGUGGAAUUAAAUGGUGAGCCCCCAAAGGGAGAAACCAAUCUAACAAAAGCACUGACAUGCGCUCUGUGCAUCGUGGGACUUAGUUUUUAAUAUGUUUCUGGUUGUAUGUAGAGAGCACGAACACCUUGAGUAUGCCAACAAAGCCCUAAAGCUAAGAGGGGGGGUGGGUUACCAAGGGCUUCAAUGGGACUCUGCCUCAGUGUCCUGUAUACCUCUUGAUGUGCCACUCAGAAACAUGUACAUAGUGUAUAGUGAAAGAAAUUCUUUGCAUGGAAUGAAAUAUUUGAACGCUAUUGUCAAAAAAGGGGAAUCGCCUCUUCCAGAGCAAACAGUCUGUCGUUGGUACGUGAAAGAAAAGGAACGGUCUGUUCGGUCCCGAAUAUUAAAAUCCAACCUAGUGGAACAGCUUUGCUUAGCUGGAGGUCAAAGGUUAGGUUUAAAGUGACUACAAGAAGGUCAAUAAUGGGGAAACAACUCAGUAAAAGCAGCUUGAGGGGAAACACUACAGGAGGAUUGGCUACACAUUUAACUGAUAGUUAUCAACAUGAAACUAUUAGACAAUUAUUUUUCUGAAGUUUUCUGAAAUGUUAUAAAUGCUUUUAUAAAUAAGCAAAUGAGGCUUUGUUCAGAUUUAGGUUCAGAAUUCUUACUUUUGUGGACAUAUUUGAGUUAAAGGUUUUCACAGAGAACAUUUUGAAAAUCUCUCUCUCUCCAUAAAUCACAAAGAACUGUCAACAGCCAUUAAAAAAAACCUUGAGAAUAUAAAUCCGAAUGAAUCUUGGACGUUUGGCGUAUGUAAGUGCAGCUGAACAUAUUCUGGCUUAUUAGAAAACCUCCUUUAAUUACAUUCACUACAGGUUACAAGGUCAAAAAACAACUUACAUAGAGACAAUUUAUGUCGUUUUCUCAAAGGUUAUGUGAAAGGCGUUAUUUAAACGUGUAUUUUGGACGUUUUCUUUCCACUAGUCUGACAGAAGACAUGUGGAAGCAAAAUAGACCAAAAUCUCUCAAUUGACCAGCGCGUGUAAAACUAUAUUUUACCAAGAGUGUCUCCCCUGCUGCAAAAGCAUGCAAAAAGAACAUGCGAUCAGAUACAUUCAGUGGAGCUGAAGCUAAGAUGGUUUGGUAAUGAGGACGUGUUGAGGUGCUCUUUCAAUGCUUCUGGGAAUUUAUAUUUGUAGAGUACGUGUUAUGUGAGCGUGACCUCACAAGCUGUUAGUCUGGAGUAAAAAGAAGCCGAGUCAGAUUGAGUGGUCCACCUGCAGUCUGACUUGUUGAGUCCAGUGCAUGAGAACUUCUUUGGUGAAAUGGAGCUCAGAAUGAUGAUAACGAUGUACCGUGAUGAGGGUCUCUCUUAGACACACACUUAUACUGUAGCUUUGUCGUAGGAGCUCUCCCAGCAGAGCGGACAUAACAGCGACGUACAACUGUACACAAAAUAGUUAUGUUUGUGGUGACUAAAGAAAACACUUUUUUCUUUCUUUCAAUCACUCACAAAACACAAAAAAAGAGUUGAUAUCAUAUCUCGGUACUGCAUCACUCCUGAGCUGAGGGGAACCGGACGUUCCACUCUGGCUUCACAUACUUUCAGAUGCACUGAGAGAGAGACUUAUCUCUGGUGCUAACACGUGCCGCGCAGUUUUAGUUGUUGUUGUCACCGCGUUGUAACCAUGUUCAGUUGCUCUUGAUGAGCUCACUGCAUCUGAUGCCUAAAACUGCCAAAUAUAUAUAUGUGUUUGUUUGUUUUUUCCCGAACGAGCAACUAACACGUGUGUUGUGAAAUAGGCUUUAAUCAUAUUACUGAGAUCCAUGAGAUUUCUGUAAAUAAAUAGACAUAUUGCCAUGUUGACUCACGGUCAGAGCGGACACACUCACAAUGUUAUUCAACUGCAAAUUGAUACAACGUAAUAUGUUUCACCAAAAGAAAUACGUUCCUCUGCCAUUCAAAUGAAGCUCACAGGCUAGUAAAAUAAAUCAAUAACAAUAAACAACCUGAUUGUCAGAAAAGGAUGGAGACCUUCAUCUAAUGUAUACUUGAUGAAUUGAGCUGACGUAUCUUUUCUCAAAAGUUGAGUGUACAAAAAGGCAUUACAUAUUUGAGAUUUAACGGAAAAACCAACAACAUUUUCUUACUCUGUGUAAAUAAUAUCUAAAAUAAGCUUAACUUGUCAUAUAUCUAUUUUUUUGUAGAAGAAAAUAUGAUGCACAUUGAACCCUAUUGAAAACUGAGCGCGAGCUGAGUCUCCUGCUUCAGUGACACAUUAUAACACGGCGUAACAGACCCAUCACUAUCUUCUAAAUGCUAGAAUUUGUUCAAGAAUUUAAUAUCCUAGAGGCAGGAAAUAUAGAUAUAUAUAAAUAGAUAUACAUUGUCAUGGAACCCAAACGGUUAUGUGAGUAUAUAUAUAUAUAUUUGGGGACAGUACUUGUUUUCAAGAAUGUAUAAGUCUAUAUUCUAUUAUUUUUAUAUCUAUUUGUUGCUCUUUACUGUAGCAAUCACCCAAAGUAGAGAAAAUGAGUUUUUUAGCCUGUGUGCAAAACAAAAGAGAAUGGUGCACCAACACCAACACCGUCACUGUACUGUGAAUCUCAACGUCCAUCACACGGAGACCCAUGCAGCAGACUAGUUAUUAUAUGUCCAUUUGGUGUGAAUAGCAAAUGUAAUUGUUGCAUUAUUUGUGGGCCAUCUUCUUACCUUUACUUCCUAAUCUAUAUAUAUAUAUAUUAUUAUUAUUAUUUUUUUCUAUCACCAGGCUGGCUUCUGCAGUUACACAUUCAUCUUUAAAAAGACAUUAUUAUUAUUAUUUCUUUGGGCAUGAAAGAAUGGCGAGACUCUCUUUCCCUACAAUGGUGCUCCCUUGGGAUGUGCAUCACAGCAGAGCACACGCACAUACAUGUGUAAUCCACAGAUAGAAGCUCUAUAUUUACAGUAUGUGUGUAACAGGCGCAGUGCUUCAUGUUGCUGCUUUGAACUGACGUAAAAGGGUUUAAAGGGGUUCACAUGUUUGUUGUAAAACGGGGAGCACGUACCAGCUAACGCUAACGCCCUGUCACCUUCCGCUCAGGAGUGGAGGUCAAGCGUUGCAGCGGCUGCUCAACGUUUCUCCCAGACAUUUAAUUCAGUGCUGUACAUUCAUUGCCAAAAAAAACCCGUCAUAUACAUUCUGACAACUGGUGCUAUUCAAACACAUCUGUGGUGCUUCUUUUCUUUUUUUAAGCUGGAUGUUUCCUUGCUUCAGACAAAAUGUAGCUACACAAUCCUGUACUGUACAGUAUGGUUGCUGUCGGUCAGUGUUUCGAAUUUAGAUGGUUUGCUUUGACUGCUCGCUGUUUCAGGGAAUACACAGAUCGGAUGGGGCUGACAUUUUGAGUGGCGAAUUUAAAAAGCAAGGAAGUCGAAACGGGGCAGUUCAGUCGAAUGCACGCGUCAUGACGUUUGAGUUUACAAGUCUCUUGAUCCUUUUUUUUCUUUUCUUUUUGCUCUGAACUUGCUUCAAAGUCUGAUGUAUUGGUGGCUGCAAAUCGUGUCCACACAUUGUGUUUGGUGCUGAGUGAACAGAUGUGCUCACCAUGACUUUUGAUACGGUAUUUCAUCUUAGACCUUCAGCUUCCUCCCUCGUCUUUCUAUCAGGUCCGGUGAGCAUGCUAACCCAGGUGCCCUUCUAUUGAACAGAAGAAGCAACAUCAUCAACCAGUUAUUCUGACGAGCUGCUCCAGACCCCACCGCUAGGUGGAGGUGUCGCUUUUUACGGGGCCUGUAGUGUUACUGUGUUCGAAGACCGGAGGGAGCGUUGAAAUAUUGUCUCUUGAAGAUGUUUAAAAGUAGUUAACGCUCACCUUUUGUGGAGCCUCUGUCCAUGUUUUUUUAAGUUACCUGUUUAGUUUUUUUCUUCACAAAAUGCAAUACAGGUGGAAGAAGAACAAACUGAAGUUGUCUCCUAUUAAUUGUUGGGUCUUCCUGAGAUGUAUAGAACUGGUUUGAGUACAGACGUUAUUCUUUCUUUUUUUUCAUGACCCUCUGGAAAACAACAAAACAACCGUGUUCACUGUUUGUUACAGGCGUAGACAACUCAGUACCUCAAAUUGUGUAAACAUUCAGUUUAUUUUCUUGUUUUUAUGUUCACCAUCUUGGAGUCAGUACUCAUGAUGCUUUUUUAAAAAUAUUUGUUGGCACAAACACUAACAAGAAUGUAUGGCUAUUGUAAUUCCUGCUCACUCCCACUCUUUCUAAAAUUGAAGCUUUUCAAGCAAACAGUCGUUUUUUUUGUAUUUCAAAUGUCUUGGUAUGCUUGUUGUAGUUGUUUAUUCAUAAUGGUGUAUAUUACAUCAGUU